CUCUCUCUCUCUCUCCAAUGCGGGAAAAGUGCUUUCAACGGGACCCUUUACCUUGUUGAACGAGCAAAAGCAUUCAAUCCCGCUCGUUUUCGUUUCCAGUUCGAUCGACAGGCCGAAGAAAGAUCCGGGUUUUGUUUCUUUUUCUUCGUGCGGCGAGGAAAUGGCCGAGCUCAUGAGCAGAUCGGGUUUGUUCUCGUCGCGCCACCAUCGGGUCGCCGGCGAAUGCGGCGUCUCCGUGUUCCCCAGAAGCUUCAAGGCUGGCAAAUUGGCGGGGUUUCAGCUCAGGCUCCGCCCCGUCGCGAUGACGAAGCCGCCGGGGCUGAGAUCUCCCGUCUCCAGAUCGAGGAGCAGCGUUUUCGGCGACGGAAUCGUGCACAAGCGGCCUGAGUGCGUGCCGAAGAGAAGGCUGUCGCGAAAUUACUCCUCGAAUGUGCAGGGUAAUUUGAGGAUAGGGAAGGCUCAGAAAUGGUGGGAGAAGGGGCUUCAACCGAACAUGAGAGAGGUCAAUGGUGCGCAAGACCUCGUGGAGAGUCUGUUGAGCGCUGGAGAUAAACUGGUGGUUGUCGGCUUCUUCUCCCCCGGCUGUGGUGGAUGCAGGGCCCUGCAUCCGAAGAUAUGCCAAUUGGCGGAGAUGAAUCCGGAUGUGCAGUUCCUUCAGGUGAACUACGAGGAGCACAAGUCCAUGUGUUAUAGCCUCAACGUUCAUGUUCUCCCGUUUUUCCGAUUAUAUAGAGGUGCUCAUGGCCGGCUCUGCAGCUUCAGCUGCACUAAUGCCACGAUAAAGAAAUUUAAAGAUGCAUUGGCCAAGCACAUCCCAGACCGUUGUAGCCUUGGCCCGACAAAAGGUCUGGAAGAGAAAGAGCUCCUGGCACUCGCAGCCAACAAAGAUUUAUCCUUCAACUACAAGCCGAAGCCAGUUCCUGUCACAGAGCACGAAGAAGCAGUGGCUGAACCUGUGGUAUCUCCUGCUCAUUCGGACCUUCCUCUCCCUGUUUCACUUCCCCUUCCCCAUCAACCUCUUCGGACCAAAAACCUUUGGCUAAUACAGCAAGAUGAGGUUGGCAACUAUAGUAUUUCGUCUUCAUCUCUCCUUUUCUUCUUGUACAGGCAUUUUUCUAUUUUUCUGGGCUUGUUUCUCUCUUUACAGUGCUUACAAAGCAAGAAACUGGUAAAGACAAUACAUAGGACUUAGAUAUACGUGUAUAGCCAGUGAUUAGCAAGCUGUGGAUUUAUGUUUUUUCGGAUCCAAGCUUGCUGUUCUCUCGGUACCUUAUAGAAUACCGGGUAGUUUGUGAGUGGCUUCUUGUUCCCUAGGGAAAGAAGCUGUUGUAACUUGAAGAUCCUAUCGUUUUAUAUUCUAAUGUAACGUGCCUUGCGUGUUCAUUCA